AUGAACCCGAAAGUGUUCAUCACCGGCGUGACAGGCUUUAUAGGGGGCGACAUACUAUACUGUAUUGCCCACGCACAUCCCGACUGGGAGGUGAGCUGUCUGGUGCGGUCGCCAGAUAAAGGCGCCCAAGUCCAGCAAGCCUACCCGCAGGUGAGGCUGGUCCAUGGCACGACCGAUGACGCGGACCUGCUCGAGACGGAAGCCUCGGCCGCGGACAUUGUCUUUCACUCGGCCGCGAGCGAUGAGCAUGUUCCUUCGGCGCAGGCGAUCGUGCGCGGCCUCAGCCGCCGGCGUCGAUUCGCCGCCGAUGGCGGCGGCCCCGGGUACUACAUUCACACAUCCGGAGCCUUUGCGCUGGCCACCGAGACCCUCGCGACGGGCAAGUACGGAGAGCGCUUCGACAAGCAGUACGACGACUGGGAGCACGUCGACGAACUGAUCUCGCUGCCCGACGAGGCGCCGCACCGCCGCGUCGACAAGGUCGUCCUGGCGGCGGAUCCGGCCCGCGUGCGGACGGCGAUCGUCGCGCCGGCGGUGAUCUACGGGCAAGGGCGCGGCCCGGUCAAGACGAAGUCGGCCCCGCUAUUCGAGGCCUUCCUCCGGCACCGCCGGGUCGUCACCGUCGGCAAGGGGGACAACAUCUGGCACAACAUCCACGUGCAAGACCUCAGCCAGCUGUACCUCCGGCUGGGCGAGGCGGCCGCCAGUGGCGGCGGCAACGCGACCUGGAACGAUCAAGGGUACUACCUGGCCGAAAACGGCUUCUACGUCAACCGCGAGAUGCUCGCGCUCGCGGCUCGCAUCCUCUACGCCAAGGGGCUCGUCGCCUCGCCCACGGUCGAGGCCGUGACCCCCGAGGAGAGCGAGAGUAUCCUGCCUUGGUUGAAGGUCAUGAUCGGGGUGGACUCGCGUGGAAUCGCCUUGCGCGGCAGGAAGCUCCUGGGCUGGCAACCCACCAUGCCGAGCUUCGAAGACGAGCUGGAGAAGUCGCUCGUCAUCGAUGCAAGGGAUUUGGGCUUGCUAUGA